AUCCUCUUACAUUCUCUCCCUGCAGGGGAGGGGUUGUAAAGCUCUCACUCAUUGCGUUGCACACUUUCCUCCCCUGUGUGUGUAUGCAUGUGGGAGUGUGUGUGUGUGUGUGUGUGUGUAUGCGUGCCGGCCGCGUGGAGCGAGCAGAGAAGCAGCGUCCAGCCGGAGGGAACCCAUGCGGUCCUUGCCAUGACUCGACCCGGCAAGCAGAGCCUUAACGCGCUUUGGAUUUUGCUGUGUGUGGCCCAGCUGAGCGCAGGUCUCAAAUGCGUGUGCCAGCUGUGCGACAAUCACGCCUGCGAGACGUCCGUCGACGGCGCCUGCUGGAACUCGGUGAUGCUGAUCGACGGACGAGAGGAGACGCUCAAGUCCUGCCUGUCGCCGUCCGAGAUGAGAGGUCCGCUGUACUGCUACAGCUCCCCCAACAUCGCCAAGAGGAACUGCUGCUUCACCGACUUCUGCAACAACGAAACGCUGCACUUACAACCCGAGAGGCCUUUGGAAGAUGGCGACAGCAGCAGUGGCAGCAGGUUGCAGUUGGCCGUGGUGAUCGUGGUGCCCUCGUGCCUGCUAUGCGUUGGCGUCAUGCUGGGGGCGUUUGUGGUGCAGCGUCAGCGUUGCGCCUACAGCCAGGCGCACAAACACGACCCGGAGGAGGCCCUGGACGACCACAUGCUCAUGUCGCCUGACAAAUGUCUCAAAGAUCUCAUCUACGACAUGAGCACCUCCGGCUCGGGAUCAGGGCUUCCAUUGCUGGUCCAGCGAACCAUAGCCCGGACCAUCGUUCUCCAGGAGAGCAUCGGAAAGGGUCGCUUCGGCGAGGUUUGGCGAGGAAAGUGGCGGGGAGAGGACGUGGCCGUGAAGAUCUUCUCCACCAGGGACGAGAGGUCCUGGUUCCGUGAAACGGAGAUUUAUCAGACCAUCAUGCUAAGACAUGACAAUAUCCUGGGCUUCAUUGCGGCUGACAACAAAGAUAACGGCUCGUGGACUCAACUGUGGUUGGUGUCCGAGUACCACGAGCACGGCUCGCUGUUCGAUUACCUGAACAGGUACACAGUGUCGGUGGAGAGCAUGGUCGCCAUCGCUCUCUCUGUCGCCAGCGGCCUGGCUCAUCUCCACAUGGAGAUCAUUGGCACACAAGGGAAGCCAGCCAUCGCUCAUAGGGAUCUGAAGUCUAAAAAUGUCUUGGUGAAGAAAAACGGCACCGCGGUCAUCGCAGAUUUGGGCUUGGCCGUGAAACACGACUCUGGCACCAACAGCAUAGACAUCCCGACCAACCACAGAGUGGGAACCAAGAGGUACAUGUCCCCUGAAAUCCUGGACGAGACCAUCAACGUGAGCAACUUUGAGUCAUUCAAGCGGGCGGAUAUCUACUCGUUGGGUCUAGUGUUCUGGGAACUGGCUCGAAGAUGUUCAGUGAGAGGACUUCACGAAGAUUUCCAGCUGCCUUAUUAUGACCUGGUGCCUUCAGAUCCCUCUGUGGAGGACAUGAGGAAGGUGGUGUGCGAGCAGAAACUGCGACCAAACAUUCCAAACCAGUGGCAGAGCUGUGAGGCUCUGCGUGUGAUGGGCAAACUGAUGAGAGAGUGCUGGUACGCCAACCCUGCCGCCCGCCUCACCGCCCUGCGGGUCAAGAAGACCACGGCUCCACUGUCUGCUGUCAGGGAGGUCAAAGAGUAGAGACAUUUCUCACCACAAAGCCGGCUCAGCGAUGGUGCUGCUGGACUGGGACCACACUGGGAUUUUACCCACAUGGUAUUCAAAAUACAAUCAGUCGAUUGAGUUUGUUGUCGGUGCCAAAAAAUCGUGAGGUGCCUGUGGCAGCUUAGCACCAAUGUUGCGGUCUAUAGAACCAAACAGAUCAUAUAAAAACAUGACUAAUGUAUAAACCUUGCUACCUCGCAUAUUGAAGUGCCCUAAAAUUGCUCCUAGUCACCUUGUUGUGCCAUGUCUUGUAGCGAACACAGUGUUUUAAAAGAUAAGUAGUGUGCUAUUUGUGAAAGUUACUGUAAGACAACCAUACUUACUUUUAAAUGCCACUUGCAUAGGACAUGUUUGACAAUUUGCAUGACAAUGUCUGUUAAGUCAAAUGUCCAAAUGCUCUGUGAAAAGAGGCGCUCUGCAUUUCACACUUCAAGUCAACAGGGGGCAGCAGUGAUUCAGCAACUAUUCUUUUACCGCAGUAACUUCCUAAGAAGGAGAUGAAAGGCAAAGUUCAUUUAUAGUGGAACCGCUUAUAGUCUUAAUACAAUCCUUUUCACGACUCGGAUCAUCCAUCCAUCCAUCCAUUUUCUGAGCCGCUUCUCCUCACUAGGGUCGCGGGCGUGCUGGAGCCUAUCCCAGCUGUCAUUGGGCAGGAGGCGGGGUACACCCUGAACUGGUUGCCAGCCAAUCGCAGGGCACAUAGAAACAAACAACCAUUCGCACUCACAGUCAUGCCUACGGGCAAUUUAGAGUCUCCAAUUAAUGCAUGUUUUUUGGGAUGUGGGAGGAAACCGGAGUGCCCGGAGAAAACCCACGCAGGCACGGGGAGAACAUGCAAACUCCACACAGGUGGGGCCGGGGAUUGAACCCGGGUCCUCAGAACUGUGAGGCUGACGCUCUAACCAGUCGCCCACCGUGCCGCCAACUCGGAUCAAAAUCUAUUUUAUUUAAAAUUUUGGAGCAUUUUUUUCCCACCAGAAAUCAUUAACUCAUUCACUGCCAGCCUUCCCAGUUAACAUGGAUAUUUGACUUCUAAAGCCGUCAAUGGCAGUGAAUGUGUUAAAAGAGGCGCUAGCCACUAGCUAGCUCACGAGCUAGCUCACAAGGUAACAGGCUUCCGGGGCUCCUCUCAGCCGGCGGAUGGGCGUUGGCCAGGGGAUAGCAUUAGCUAGCUCGCUGUAGUGGUACAAAUGGCCCAAGUAGUAUCUCACAAUUCUUCCUAUUCUUGUGUAGUUUAUUUGGUGGUUGGCAAACCAGUAUCUUGCAGUUGCGCCGGAUGACCACUGAGGCAAAAACCUCAUGAGACGUUUGGGGACCCCUGGAAGUCUCGGGGCCCCAGGCAAUUGCCUGUGUUUACCUCAUGGUAAAUCCGCCCCUUUGCUUUGAAUGCAAGUCCGCUUAACUUCAUGAAAUUGCUGGCGUAUAAGUUGAGGGUGGUCCUUCUUCUGAAUACUUGUUGUAAAAAAAGACAAAAGAAAAAGCAAAAAAUAAAUAAAAAGUGCGAAAUGAAUCCUUAUACUUGUUGUAGACACACAUAAUCUUCCCCCAAAUUUUGUUCCAAUUUUGAAUUGUAUGACCUUGUUGGUGUUUGACUUUAGAGGUUCCACUGCAAAUUGAUUCCAGCUCUCCACUUUAAUCUCAUCAAAAAGAAAAAAGAAAAAUGUAUGAUGUGUGUAGCCCUCUGGUCAUGCUAGCUCAAUAUUGCCUCCUGAGUAUGUUGGAAUUACAAGACAAGUUGGCCUUGUCAGUGAAGAAGGAGAAGAAAAAAAAAAAAGGUAAACAUCUUCAUAUUUUUCAUUUGUUGUGUUUCUUAAGACUUGACAGUCACAUGCUAUAAGAAUGUUAAAAAAGAUUUUGCACAGUUAAAAGCAUUCCGUUGCGGAAAAGAGCUGAAUGUUAGUUUGUGGACAGACCAAAGGUCAUCCAUGAAUGUGAAAUGUAUGUAUUUAUUCACUAUGUGUUUUUAUUUUUAACUUUCAAAAACCAAAGUUGCCUGAAAACCAGACAAAUGUUAGCUGGAAUAGGGAAAACAUCAUAGGAAGCUGCUUAAGAACAACAAGUACUUAAUAGUACUUAAAUAUGAUGAUCUAAUACCUAAUUAGGUCAUCUAAUCUAAUACCUGAUGCAGAAGGGAAAGUGCACCCUGGUGCUUGUGUAUGUGGACUUCAAUGUUGAACUUGUUUGUGAAAAUGUUAUUCUGCAGAGAACUUUUCCAUGUUUGUAGUCCCAAUCACUUUUAAACGACAUCUGGCUCCACAUCCAUCCACAUGCACUUGUAUCACUUGUGAAGGAACAUACUGUUUCCAAACCUGUGUUAAAAGACGACAUGGAUAAAUGUUGCAAAUGUAAAGCACAUAUUUGCAUCUUAUUGUCAUGGAUUUUGUGUUGAAAGCACCGUAAAGAAAUCCAAAUGCAGGAUUAAUGAAUGCCCUUUUUUUUUUUUUGCUUGAUUUUGAAUUAUUGCUAACCAAGCUUUGAACUUCCAUUGUGUCAUAUCUGCUUUUCCAUGCCAGCCAAGCAUGGAUUGUUGAGAUUAUAAAGACUUUCUAAAGCGGAGGGAUUUGUAAUGUGCAAGUACUCAGCUAAUCUGUUGAUAGGAAUACAAAUCACAAAUGUCAUUAAUGUGACUGCUGUAGGGUGGAACCCCUGAAGAUGAAUGGCCCUUAAGUUGUAAAGUUGGGAAUAUAACCAGUAUUGUCUGGAAAAAUGACAGCGUUAAAUUAAAGAUGUUCCACUUUAUUCACCAA